AUGGGCCGAAAGAAGUUUCGAGGUGGUCGCAAAGGCGCAUCCAAUCGCGCCCCUCGUGGGGACGGUCCUGUGCCGUAUCGAUCAUAUAGCGAUAUCGUGAAGGAGAAUAAGAACCUAGAGACGUACUAUAACGCCGCGCUACCUAUUGAUGACAACGAACGAUCUGAAUUCUGGGAUGCUUUGAAGAGAGAACUCCCCAAUUCCUUCCGCUUCUGCGGAUCCAAAGGCCAUGCGCUCGCCGUCAAACGACUACUGGAGACGAGAUACGUGCCCGAAAUCGUUACCAUCGAGCGCUACGAUGGCGAGCCUGUACAGGCUCCUCAGCCCGUUCCGUGGUACCCCGACCAGCUCGCCUAUUCUAUGAACACUCCGAAGCACGUCAUCCGCAAAUUCCCACCUUUUGCCGCCUUCCAGAAGUUUCUAGUCUCCGAGACUAGUGUCGGCAACAUAAGCAGACAGGAAGUUGUCAGCAUGAUUCCCCCGCUGCUGAUGGACGUCGAGCCUGGAAUGACAGUUUUAGAUCUAUGCGCGGCGCCUGGAAGUAAAGCCGGUCAGUUACUCGAGAUGGUCCACUCUGGAGAGGAGGGCAGAAUCCGUAAAUUCAUGCAGUCAUUCGGCGACACGAAGGCACAGGAUGACAAUGAGGAUGGUGUUGAUCUUUCCGUGGAUGCUGGCGAUGAUGGUCGUGCGACUGGACUACUCAUCGCCAAUGAUGCAGAUUAUAAGAGGAGUCACAUGCUUGUCCACCAGCUUAAGCGACUUUCUUCCCCCAAUAUGCUCGUCACCAAUCACGACGCAACUCUUUACCCAGCCAUCAAAUUACCGCGAGACCCAAACCGCCCUGAAAAGGGCCAGUACCUAAGGUUCGACAGAAUCCUUGCAGACGUACCUUGUUCGGGUGAUGGAACGUUAAGGAAGAACGUCAAUUUAUGGAAGGAUUGGCAGCCAGGAAAUGCGCUGGGACUACAUGUCACCCAAGUUCGGAUCCUGGUCCGCGCCCUCCAAAUGCUCAAGGUUGGCGGCAGAGUUGUCUACUCAACCUGCAGCAUGAACCCCGUCGAGAACGAAGCAGUAGUCGUAUCUGCGAUUGAACGUUGUGGCGGCCCUGACAAGAUUGACAUCAUCGAUUGCAAAGACAGACUUGCGGGGCUAAAGCGAAGCCCAGGAAUGCAUCAAUGGCAAAUUAUGGAUAAAUCCGGCCGCGUCUGGAGUAGCUGGGAGGAGGUACAGCAUCACGUCUUGACGACUGACAGCCAGAUGCCCAGCAAGCUGUCGGAAACAAUGUUUGCUAGACCGGACGCGAAUGACUGCUCCACGCUUCCAUUGGACCGUUGCAUGCGAGUCUACGCCCACCAGCAGGACACUGGCGGAUUUUUCAUCACUGUGCUAGAGAAGAAAGAAGAAUUCAGGGCUAAGCCGGAGACGAAGGUCCGGGCCCCGAAUGCUGUGGCCACUUCAAAUGGAGUCGAAGUCGAAGAGGAUGUGGAGACUAAAAUGGAGAUUGAAGAAGAGAAAGCGGCGCUGGGUGAGCCGACUGACGUUAUUCCGACUUUAGGAUCCAAGAGGACUUUAGAAGACGAGGAAGCGGAGACAAAACCUGAUGCCAAGAAGCAGAAGACCGAAUCCCCCCCUGCUGAAACCCUCGAAACACAAAUUCCCGCCAAAACUGAACAGCCUACCGUAGAAAUCAAGACGGAGGAGGUCAAGCCAAAGGCUGAGGCUACUCCUAAGAAUGGCGCCCAAUCUGAUAAACGAGUCAAACCGGUCGAUGGCAACUAUGAAGAACCCUUCAAGUACUUACCGCCAGAUCAUGCUGUCAUUCAAGAUAUACAGAAAUUCUACAAGAUUUCAUCGCGCUUCCCCGCAGAUCGUUUCAUGGUACGGAAUGCUACGGGCGAACCUGCAAAGGCCAUCUACUACACGAGUGCUCUCCUUAGAGAUAUUCUUACCGAAAAUGAGGGUCGCGGCGUCAAGUUCGUGCAUGGAGGUGUCAAGAUGUUCAUGAAACAAGACGCGCCGUCUGCUGAAGUUUGUAGGUGGCGAAUACAGUCGGAAGGCAUGCCUAUUAUCGAAGGAUACGUCGGCCCCGACCGUAUUGUGCGCUUAACGAAAAAGGAGACAUUCCACAAGCUUUUGAAAGAAAUGUUCCCCAAAUUCAUUGACGAAGAUUGGAAAAAGCUCAAUGAGAUUGGAGAGCGAGCGAAGAAUAUUGGCAUGGGUUGUUGUCUCCUUGUCAUCGAACCGGAAGGAAACGACCCAGAUUUUUCGGAGCGUAUGGUCCUUCCAUUGUGGAAGAGCUUCCAUUCUCUAAAUCUUAUGCUUCCAAAGGAGGAUCGCUCCGCGAUGCUGCUCCGAAUUUUCAACGACACAUCCCCUGUCAUCAACCAGACGCUAAAGGAGUCAGCAAAGAAAGAAGCCGAAGCUGCUGCUGCUGCUGUUGCUGCAACUGAAACUGCCGACCCCGAAACAAGGGAUGAAAUUUUGGAAGAUGCCCCGGUGGUCGAGGAGGCAGAUGGAGAAAAGGAGGUAUCUGAGCAGCCAGAUGACGCUGGCGAUGGGGCCGAGGCAGAAGCCGGACCGGCUACGGCAGGCGAUUGA